AUGGCCAGUCCGCUGUCGCUUGUCUUCUUCAUCACCAACUGCCGACGUGAAAGCAGGAAGUCAACCACGCCUCCGUGCAGGACCACCGGUGAUGUCCGCUUCAUUGUCGUCAUGCACGACCACCAACGCCGUCCGCAUCAUCAUCAUCACGCACGACCACCGGCGUCAUCGUCAUGCACGGCCACCGUCGCCUUUCGCUUCGUCGUCGACUUCGGCAUCAUCUUCUCGGCUGCUCGGCGCCGACCUCCGUAG